GGCGGGGAGGGUCAUGCUGGCGGCCCGCUGCCUGCUCCGAGCCUGGCGCUCCUGCUCCUCGGCUCCCCGCCCGACGGCCGGCCCGGCGGCGGCCCUGAGCGUGCGGGCCGCCCUCGCGGUGCGGAGCCCGGGCGGGGAGCGCGUGAAGGUCCAGGGAUGGAUUCGCUCAGUCCGGUCCCAGAAAGAAGUCUUGUUCCUGCACGUAAAUGAUGGUUCAUCUUUGGAAAAUCUCCAGGUUGUAGCAGAUUCAAGCUUUGCUAGUAGAGAUCUUGCUUUUGGGAGUUCUGUUGAAGUUCACGGGCAGCUGGUACCGAGUCCAUCCAAAAAGCAAAAUGUGGAACUGAAGGCGGAAAAAAUUGAAGUUGUUGGAAAUUGUGAUGCUAAGACUUUCCCCUUUAAGUAUAAAGAGAGAUAUCCUCUGGAGUAUCUGCGACAGUUCCCUCACCUGAGGUGUCGGACCAACGUCCAGGGGGCCAUCCUCAGGGUCCGCAGUGAAGCCACAGCCGCCAUUCACUCUUUCUUCAAGGAAAGUGGCUUCGUGCACAUCCACACGCCCAUCAUCACCUCCAACGACUGUGAGGGCGCCGGGGAACUCUUCCAGGUUGAACCUUCAAGCAAAAUGCAAGUACCGGAGGAGAAUUUCUUCAAUGUUCCUGCUUUUUUAACUGUCUCAGGACAACUUCAUCUGGAAGUGAUGUCGGGGGCUUUUACUCAAGUGUUUACCUUUGGUCCGACAUUCCGAGCAGAGAAUUCUCAGAGCCGGCGACACCUAGCCGAGUUCUAUAUGGUGGAAGCCGAGAUUUCGUUUGUCGAGAGCCUUCAGGAUCUCAUGAAGGUCAUGGAGGGACUUUUCAAGACCACGACAAUGACAGUUCUCUCCAACUGCCCGGAGGAUGUCGAGCUCUGCCACAGGUUCAUAGCUCCUGGCCAAAAGGACAGAUUAGAACAUAUGCUUAAAAACAACUUUUUAAUCAUUUCUUACACAGAAGCAGUGGAGAUCUUGAAGCGGGCGUCCCAGAACUUCACCUUCCCCCCCGAGUGGGGCGCCGACCUGCACACAGAGCACGAGAAGUACCUGGUGAAGCACUGUGGCAACGUGCCCGUCUUCGUGGUCAACUAUCCGCUCACGCUCAAGCCGUUCUACAUGAGGGACAACGGCGACGGCCCGCCCCCCACGGUGGCUGCUGUCGAUCUUCUGGUCCCGGGUGUGGGCGAGCUCUUUGGAGGAAGCCUCAGAGAAGAACGGCCUCAUUUCCUAAAGCAGCAGCUAGCCAGACUCGGACUGACGGAAACCUACCAAUGGUAUCUGGACCUCCGUCGGUUUGGAUCAGUGCCACAUGGAGGAUUUGGAAUGGGAUUUGAACGUUACCUGCAGUGUAUCCUGGGAGUUGACAACAUCAAGGAUGUUAUCCCUUUUCCAAGAUUUACGCAUUCGUGCCUUUUAUAGCUGUACCCCUGCCAAGGGAAUGACUCCACGCAGAAGCACUCCAUGUGCGUGUGCAUUCUAGAGGACUGUUCAUUAGAAACACAGACGCAGGCAUAUCCUGGCAUGGAGCUGUUGAUGCCACAGGAUACAGCGUGGGAAGGCCAUACGGUCAUGACUUUCGUAGGCACGGGCAGCAUUUCAUGGAAGACGAAUGCUCUCAAGAGGAGGUGCCAGCAGCAGUGAGAAUCUUAAAUCUAUUAAGAAGAAAGUUGGGGGCUGAAGCAAUAGCACAGCGGGUAGAGCAUUUGCCUUGCACGCAGCAGACUUGGGUUCAAUUCCCAGCAUCCCAUAUGGUCCCCUGAGCACCACCAAGGGUAAUUCCUGAGCGCAGAGCCAGGAGUAACCCCUCUGCAUCGCCGGGUGUGACCCAAAAAGCAAAAAGCAAAAAAAAAAAAAAACAAGAGGAAGAAAAAGAAGUUGGACUGGAUGGUCCCCAAGGUCCUUCCAGUUUCUAAGAUAGGAUGAGGUGGUAUCGUUUACUUUGUCUUUAACAGUCAUAUCUCUGUGUCUCUGACCUUUGGGAAUCAACUGGGAGCUACCGAUGAAAUGUUGAAUCCUUUCUCCCUUUCAUUUAGCCUAUGGCAAAUGCACAUCUCCUUCUUAGAGCUUUACAGAACAUUACCGAAGAAAAUAAUCCAUUUUUUAAUCAGAAAAAAAAAUUUAAUGUCACAAUCAACUUUUGAUCGUUAGUUAUAAAAGUUAAGAUGUGUUAGUUAUUUUAACUAAUAGAUGUGGAGAAUUUCUCUAAUAAUA